AUGAGCGCAGACGUUCCUUCAUUGGUAGCAGACGGCCACGCUGAAGCCAACACUGAGGCGGCCUCAGACGCAAACAGCGUUGGGGAGGCUGGGAGAAUCGGUGUUACGCAGGAUAGGAGCAUAAGCCGCCCUCCGCGAGGCGCAGGUGUAGAUGCCGACACAGUCGAUAUGAUCAUCGUCUCAUCGGGACCCCUCGUAACUCAUGCGUCGCCCAUCGUUCAAGCAGGAGGGGAGAAGCAAAGCCAAGGCUUAGAAACGACCGCAGACCACCCGAAUCCCAAGCUCCGUGAUCUUCAUUAUUCAGAUACUAGCCCACAAGAUAUCUCAGACGAAGUCACCAUUGAAGCUCACACGUCAGGUGACGACCUCUCAACAGAGACCAUCUAUGCUGCAUUACGUAUUAUUCAAUAG